UCAUCUGAUCUGUGACUGUUGUAUUCUGUGGUUGUGUCUAAUUUUUAUUUUUUUAACUCGUCACGUCACGGACGUCAAAUAAAAGUAUCAUAAUCAAAGAUUACAGUGUAAUAAUGGAAAUUAACUCAAUUGUCCCGCACUCCCCACUGUCGUUACUCCUCUUCCUAUUUGCUAGAUAGCUUCUUGAAAUUUAAUAGCCUCCCUCAUCCUAUAUCAAAAUUCCAAUGUAACCCACUUUUUUCCACCUCAUAUAAAGCUCUAUUAUAUAACCCUCCUAUCAUCACAGAUCUUGGCCUAGUUAAAGGAGCCCCAGAUACUAGCAUUAAAUUUCAAGCCAUUAUUAAUCAAAAUUGGUCAAAUCAUCUGCAUAUUUAUUCUGAUGCAUCAAAGUUAUCCCCAGAUGGAUGCGUUGGUGCUGCCUGUUGGGUUCCCAGGUAUAAGAUAAUAUUAAAAUUCAAAUGUCCUCCCGAGUCUUCUGUGUUCACAGGAGAAGCCACUGCUAUAUUGGAAGCAGUCCUGUUUGCACAGUCCCAUAACAUUCAACAGACGGUUAUUUUUACAGACUCAUUAAGUUGUUUAUUGUCCAUUAAAGAAAACCCAUUCAAAAGCAAAUCAAGGUUUCACAUAAUCUUAAAGAUCAGGCAAGCUCUGCUGUCAAGUUAUCAAAGAGGACUAUCCAUCUUGCUUGUUUGGAUCCCAAGCCACUCCGGAAUCCCUGGAAAUGAGACUGCCGAUUCAUGUGCAAAAGCUGCCGUGAUUACUGGCUCCCUUGAGUAUUUUGAAAAUUCUUCGCAAGACUUGACUGCCCUGGCUAAAACUUAUCUGGAUAGAUCUUGGGAGUCCUUCUGGAAUGAAUCAAAAUUGGUGAAAGGCAAACAUUAUUCAUCUAUCCAACCAAAUAUACCAAGACGUCCCUGGUUUUUCUUUCAAAAAAUGACUGAACGUUGGGUUCUUACAACUAUUUCUCGUUUGCGUCUUGGUCACUCAUGUACACCUGUGCAUCUAAACAAGCUCCGGAUUAGGGAUAACUCUAUCUGUGAGUGUGGUUUGGAUGAAGGCACUGUUACUCAUCUCCUUUUUAACUGUCCCAGACUUCUUCAUCCUCUCUAUGACAUUCUUCCCCCAAAAGUCCCUCGUCCUUUAAGUGUUAAAUGUUUGUUAAUGUUUGUGUUUAGUCCAUAUUGUAGAUUUUUAUGUAAAUAUGUAGAAUGUAAUAAGAUUAAAUUGUAAUAUAUGUUUAUACUAUGUAAAUUAUUUUAAAUAUUUUGUUAAUAUUAAUAUAUGUUAUUUGUGUUGUUAUAGGUUAGGAACUAACAAAAAUAUUAUGUAAUAGUAACUAUCUAGUAGAUUCUCAAAAUUGAACUUGUCAGCUCUCACUGAACAAUCUCCUUCGUGCCUUCUCCAUCUACUCGACACUGGCGAGAUAAACCGUGCCCAGUUGGCACAAAUGAAAGCCAUUAAGAAGAAUUGAAUUGAAUAAUGGAAAUAUUAUUUCUAUAAUUAUGUCAGAUUUCAGAAUAAAAUAAAUUAAAAGAUCGUAUAAAUAAAAUUUAAAAAGCAUAGCCAUACUGUGGGGGGCGAAUUAUCAAUAUCAUACUGCAGAAAGUAAAGUUUUACCAUUGCCAUUGUAACUGUAUAAAUAAUAUCUGCUCAUAGUUGCUGCUGAAUAAAGAGCAAUAUUGUUGGAGGAAAUCUCUAAUCUUGGCUCAACAGAAACAACAACAAAAAUGCAGUGCUGCGUGCCGUUCUGUGCAAAUACUUCAGACAAUGUGUCAACAUCUGAGGGAACAGGAAUCACCUUUCACAAGUUACCCAGUGAACAAAAUCUCCGUGCUGUUUGGCUCAGAGCCCUCAGCAUACAAGACCAUCACCUGCCCGACCCUGCUGUGGUCUGCUCACUGCAUUUUGUAGAUGAAGACUUUUAUGCAACAAAUAGUAGUGUAAGGCAGAUUCGCUCUGAUGCCAUACCUUCAACAGUGCAGAUCAAAUCAGAAUCUGUAGUAGAUGUUGCAACACUUGUGCUGAAGCGUGAAGACAGUUCUGACUGCAUGUCAAAUGCUGGUAACUCAGAAUUGGUACAUGAAGAUGACAAUCAGAGAGACAAAUCCAACAAUGACUGUGUAUCUGAAGAUGAAUACUCUGAUGUGAGCAUAAAGUUGGAAUCAAUGCUAGUUGAUGAAGCAGUAGCCGAACAUGUGACCGAGUCAGAGACUUACAUAAAGAUUGAAUGUGCUAUCUUUGAGUGUACAUUAUGUUAUGAAGACUUUGUGCAAGAAGAUGCAUACAAGGAACAUAUGAUCAUGCAUCUCCAGAACGCUGCAUGUGAUGCAUCACAAGUGUGCGAGCCUCGUGCAGCUGUGAGCCGCAGCUGUGACUCACUCGUGCUGCAGAACAAGACAGGAAGUCAGAGGCUGAAUGAUGCCCCUCCCCCGGCUGCAGGCUGCGCUCAGGCGACAGUCGCUCCACUGUCCGCGAGACUUGCGGCAAUCAACAACAAAGUGCAGGCAACUGAAGAAGUAGGUGCGACCUGGAAAAGUGAACAAAUCCUUGAGACUGACAUUGAUGAACUGGACAACCAGUUGCCUCAAAGCAAUGCCAACACAUUGUCUAUGUACGACAUAAAUAGAUUAACAAAUUGUGUAGUACGUUUAUGUGAUAUUUACAAGAAACCCAAGAAAACUGUACUAGAUAAGAAUCCACGCGUGAAAAGCCACACUGGUGCGAAGCCUCAUUCUUGUGAGACAUGCAAUUAUAAAACUGCAUACAAAAGUCAUUUAGUAAAUCAUAGAAGAACCCACACUGGUGAGAAGCCUUACUCUUGUGAGACAUGCGAUUUUAAAACUGCUUACCAAUGUCAUUUAGUGAGUCAUAGAAGAACCCACACUGGUGAGAAGCCUUAUUCCUGUGAGACAUGCAAUUUUAAAUGUUUACGAAAAAGGGAUUUAUUAGUACAUAAAAGAACCCACACUGGUGAGAAGCCUUAUUCCUGUAAGACAUGCAAUUUUAAAACUGCGCGGAAAAGUUACUUAAUUAUACAUGAAAGAUAUCACACUGGUGAGAAGCCUUAUUCUUGUGAAAUGUGCAAUUUUAAAGCUGCACAGAAAAGUCACAUAAUUUUACACAAAAGAAACCACUCCAGUGAAAAGCCUUAUUCUUGUGACAUAUGCAAUUAUAAAACAGCAGAUAAAAGUUAUUUAACAUAUCACAUGAAAACGCACACUGGCGAAAAGCCUUUUUCUUGUGAGACAUGCAAUUAUAAAUGUGCUCAGAAAAGUCAUUUAAAAAGACAUAAUAGAACCCACACUGGUGAGAAGCCUUAUUUUUGUGAUAUAUGCAAUUAUAAAACUGCAAAAAAAGAUAGUUUAAUAAGUCACAUGAAAACGCACACUGGCAAUAAGCCGUACUCUUGUAAACACACUGGCGAAAAGCCUUUUUCUUGUGAGACAUGCAAUUAUAAAUGUGCUCUGAAAAGUAAUUUAAAAAUACAUAAUAGAACCCACACUGGUGAAAAGCCAUUAUCGUGAAAGAGAAGCAAUGCUGUGAAUGAUACUGAUGGUAUACAAAACAAUGUAUGUCUUAAUCUUUCUCCCACAUGUGUCAAGUACUUGGGCUUCAAGCAAAGUAGCCGUUAUAGAACUUUGUGCUUAGCAACACAUUCCAUUUAGCAUACAUUCAUUUUUAACCGACUUCAAAAAGGAGGAGGUUCUCAAUUCGGUUGGUAUUUUUUUUUUUUAUGUAUGUACACCGAUUACUCAAAGACGCCUGGACCGAUUUCAAAAAUUCUUUUUUUGUUUGAAUCGGUCCCCAUUUGGUCCCAUUGCCAUCAUGUCAAGAUCUGAUGAUGGAAUCCUGGAGAAAUUGAGAGGAACUUUCGAAAAUUAUAUGGAUGUCUAGUGUGUUCGUAAACUUUUCUAUUUAGUACUUUUAAGCACUACAAUUUCAUGAAGGUUUAAAAUCGAUCUGAUGAUGGAGCCAUAAAAAAGACGAGGGAACUCUUUGGCGAUUUACAGCAGUUACCUUGUGUUUGGGCUUGAUUAAUUUGUAUUAAUGAGAACUUUCCACUAGGAUAGGUUGUGACUGUCAUUUAGGGGUUUGGUGAUGAAGACCAAGGACAAAUUAAGGGAUCUCCUUAACAGUUUACAGUAACUACCUUGUGCUUGUGCUUGAUUAAUUUGUAUUGCUGAGAAUUUUGUACCUUUUGGGUUGUGACAGUCAUUAGGGGUCUGAUGUAUUCGUUUGAGAUGAAAUUUACACUAAAAAUGGAAAUAUAAUAAAAAUUUUAAUAAAAAAAAUACAACCGACUUCAAAACCUAAAAACGUACCCACUAAACUAAAAAGCGAAAAAUAACAUCAUAAUAUGUUAUACCUGCUGAUCAGUAUGAAGGCGGUGCUUAGCCGGUGUUGUUUUAUUUUAAGCCAUUUCUGACAGGACCACAUGAAACAACACUGUCUGCAAAAUCUAAAUAUACAAGAUAUUCUCACAUGGCUUGAAUUAAUACAUCACCGCUUACUUAUGGUUUGUAUAUUUUACAAAAAUAUUUACAAAAACCCGCCAAGUGCAUGUUGGGCCACGCGCAGUGUAAGGUUCUGUAUGUUAGCAUUUUAACUACAAGUAUCUAUCCAACGAUACCCCACUCUAUAGUAUAGACCAGUGAUUCCCAAAGUGGUUUAUAUCGACCCCUAGGGGUCUAUGACAACCUGCAAGGGGUCUAUGUCAGCGAAAAAAAAUUUGGGGUCCAUGAAAUUAAAUUUUUUUUUUUUUGUGUUCCAAUUUUAACUGCAAUCAAUUUUACAACUUUAAUCAGAUGUGGUGUGAGGCUGUUAAAAUGAAAAUGGGGGUCAACUAUUUACUUACCACAUCAUACUAUCUUAUAUCUUUAGUAUCAAAGCAUCAGUUUCAUCCUUCUCACUAAAAAUAUGGACAUAUUGCUUAUGUUAUUUUAUUUAUAGUUUAUUUAUUUAUAAUGUUACGUAUAUUUUACAUAACAGAUACAAAACUUGAUUUUGAGUAGUUUUAAUUUAAAUUCAAUAAAAUGUAUAAAUUAACAU